GGCUGACGCAAUCGAAGUCUAAAGCCUGUCGCCUAAACGCAGGCACAUUAAAAUCUGCUACGAAUGCUGGGUGUAAUGCGUUAACUCUGUGAAGUUCUGUAUAAAGUGAAAUAAAAAGCGAGAAAAGUGUGGUGCCUGAUAUGUGAACAAGUGUUUACAUUUUUCUCUUCAACAAGAAUUUGGACAAACUGGCGCCAACAUUUUCUGGCAAAAAAACACCAAACAUGAGGAGGGCACAUGCUGGACAGUUUUAUGAACCAGUUCCUACAAACGUAGACCAUGGAGAUAUUCUGGAAGAAGAAAAUGAAAAGAUGACUGCACUAUUAAGAGACAAGAUUCAUGAUUUGAAAGCUGUUACACUUGAAAUUGGAAAUGAAGUGAAAUACCAGGAGAAACUUCUAAACCACAUGGCAGAUGAUUUUGACAGAACAGGUGGCUUCUUGAAGAACACAAUGAAUCGCGUCGUUCGUCUCGGGAAAGGAAGCCAUAACCAUUACAUAUUGUAUCUGUUCAUUUUUUCAUUUUCAGUCUUUUUUACGCUUUGGUUAGUUCUAAAGAUGAGAUGAGGAUUGUAUUUUAAAAUGGAGAGCUGUACAAAUAUUACUAAAGGAAACAAAAAUAUGGCUAGUAUUUUGGUUUAAACUGUGAUAUACAUGUUUUUGUUCUCAUGUGGAAGGUGGUUGUUGGCUAUGGUAUGCACGGAGUGUGUGUAAACUGUACUAAUACCAUACUGUGUGAAUUCGUAUUGUAUUAUGAAUGUGUAUACUAUAUAUGUUUCAAAAUAUAAAAAUUAUGUUGGAAAUGA